UCCAUGAAAUUCAGCUAAAUGGGACCCACUAAGCCACGUGCAAUAGAGAAUCCAGCAAGUACCACCUCUUUCAGCUCUGUUCACUGUUUCACUUUUAGCCUUUUCAAACAACAACAACAACAGAAAUUGGUAACACCAAACCCCUUUUUCUCUCUUUCUACAAAUGACGGAGGAAUUUUCAAAUAUACUUUGUAGAUGACGACGCCUUUAUACGCCGUCGCCGUUACCGUAGUAAGCGUGUUCGCUUACAUUGAAGCUCUUGGUGGCUCCGCCUCCACUCUUGCUAUUACCUACGGCGGCGGCACCGUUACUAUAUGUGGUAUAGUUGCUAACCAGCCAAUACAAAGAAUCUAUUGUUGGAGAGAUGGAGAUAAUCAAUCAUCUAUGGCUACACCUGUUUUACCUGACGUCUCCUUCGACUUCAUCGCCGGUGGCCUCGAUGGCUUCGUCGGUAUUCGGUCUGGUGGAUUUUCUCUACUCUACUGGAACAACAGUUUCAUUCCCAAACGGUUGUAUUACAGUAACUCAACGUUGUUGACAGCCGUUACAAUGGGUGAAACCCAAAUUUGCGCAAUCAAGGAGAACAACACUACCCAAAAUGCUACCUGCUGGAGAGGCGGAGGCGGAGGCGGAGGCGGAGGCGGAGGCGAUUCGAGAAAUGGGUCAUUAGCAUCUUCUCAAUUCAUAUCAAUAUCAUCUGGGUCUCAGUUUUCUUGUGGUGUUUUAGAAAGCUCGAACAGGGUUGUCUGUUGGGGAAAUGGUAGUAGUAGAGGUGAUGAUAUAGCUGCAACUAUCCAAUCUGGGUUCGGUAAUGAAACGACGGUGAACAUAUAUGCUGGAGGAAGGCACGCUUGUGGGGUGAGUACUACCGGAUUUUUAAUUUGCAGAGGUGAUAAUAGCAAUGGUCAAUUGGAUGUUCCUUCUAAUUUGUUGUUGUCUAACGAUUAUUUUGGAUUAGCUUUAGGAAUGAAUCAUACUUGUGGAAUUCGGAAUGUGAAUCAUACCGUGAUUUGUUGGGGUGGAAAUGGUGCAUUUUCAAGAAAUAAUAAUGUAACAGAACAAGUUUCUUUUGAAUCAGUCGUAGCCGGUGUAGAUUUUACAUGUGGAUUGACAACAAAUAAUUUUUCAGUCUUGUGUUGGGGUCCAGGUUGGACUAGUAGUAUGUAUCCUCAAGGGGCUGUCCUUCCUUUACCAACGAUUCUUCCAGGUCCGUGUGUACAAAGUAAUUGUACUUGUGGUAUAUAUCCGCAGUCUCAAAACCUUUGUUUUGGCAGUGGCAAUAUUUGUAGGCCUUGUGAUUUCUUAAGUUUAGCACCACCUACAUCACCACCACCAGCUCCACCACCACCAUUGGCGCCUUCUUCGCCUUCGAGGAGGCUAAGAAGGGGUUUAUUAGCUUUUGCCAUUGUUGGAUCAGUGGGGACUUUUGCAGGGAUUGCUAGUAUAAUUUAUUUUCUGUGGGCUGGUGGUUGUUUUGGAAAGAAGAAAGUUCAUAAUUCAGUUCAACCUACUAUUACUGCUCCUACUUCUACCGGUGGGCAAUUAUCCAGUAGUAGUCGUCCUGUUUCAAGAUCAUCAACUCUUAGGCGUCAAGGGUCGCGGUUGAUGAGGCGUCAAAGGAGUGGAACUUCUUCUAAACACACAGACAGGGCAGAGGAGUUUCUGUUUACUGACCUUGCUGCAGCUACAAACAAUUUUUCUCUAGAAAACAAGAUUGGUGCUGGUAGUUUUGGAGUUGUUUACAAGGGAAAACUACUGGAUGGUCGUGAGGUCGCGAUCAAACGUGGUGAAACGGGUCCAAGAACGAAGAAAUUUCAGGAGAAAGAAAGUGCAUUUGACUCAGAAUUGGCAUUCUUGUCUCGCUUACACCACAAACAUUUAGUUAGACUUGUUGGUUAUUGUGAAGAAAGGGAUGAAAAGCUUUUAGUUUACGAGUACAUGAAGAAUGGAGCGCUUUUUGAUCAUUUACAUGAUAAGAACAAUGUGGAGAAGAGCAGUAGUAUAGUGAAUUCUUGGAAAAUGAGGAUCAAGAUUGCAUUAGAUGCUGCACGAGGCAUCGAAUACCUUCACAAUUAUGCAGUUCCGCCUAUAAUUCACAGGGACAUUAAGUCAUCCAACAUCUUGAUCGAUGCAAACUGGAUUGCAAGAGUGUCUGAUUUUGGAUUAUCACUAAUGGGGCCAGAGUCUAAUCGUGAUUUCAGCAGCAGGCCAAUGAAGGCUGCUGGCACAGUUGGGUAUAUUGAUCCCGAGUACUAUGGUCUAAAUGUGUUGACAACAAAGAGUGAUGUGUAUGGACUCGGAGUAGUGUUGUUAGAACUCUUGACAGGAAAGAGAGCCAUAUUCAAGACUGAAGAGAAUGGAGGUGCGCCAAUGAGUGUGGUGGACUUUGCAGUACCAGCAAUUAUGGCUGGAGAAUUGACAAAGAUUUUGGAUAACCGAGUAGGGCAACCAGAGCCAAGUGAAGAAGUAGAAGCAGUGGAAUUGGUGGCCUAUACUUCAAUGCAUUGUGUGCAUUUGGAAGGUAGAGACAGACCCACCAUAUCUGACAUUGUUUCUAAUUUAGAGAGAGCUUUGGCUGCAUUUGAUGAUAGCCAUGGCAGCAUCUCUAGUGGUCCAAUUUCCUUUAUUUCUGACUGAUACCACGCACUCUGAUUCUUUUCCUUGGCUAAUUUGUGUGAUUAUAUUGUUUUUACUAGUGUAAAGGGUAUUAUGUUCAUUCUAACACGACAUCUGGUGAAUUUGUAAACUGCGACAGUCGAACAAGUUCUACAAGAAAUUCUUUUCCUCCCAGAAGGUUAAUAA